AGCUUUCCCCCCCCACCCCCGGCGGGGAAUUUCGCGAGCCGAGGGGUGGGCCCCGCCUCCAGGGCUCAGAUGCCGGCUUACACCGGGGGCCGCGCUGCGACAAAUGUGUCCAGAACCGAACGGCUCCUUGGCCACUCUUUCGUUUCCCGUUCUCUACUCAUCCCCAAGACGCAACAGGUCAUCAUAUCUGCUCUUGGCUCCACUGCUGGCUCAAGCUAAAGCAAAGGCUGAUCUGCCCCCUCCACCUUGUUGCAUUCCUGCACACAAUGUUCAGCGAUUCCAGUGGAUUGGAGAGCUCAUUCCAGCUUUUGGAAUUUCGGGGAGUCAAGUGAAUGUCUUAAGUUCUCCCUCAGAAUUCUAUGGUACAUUGAAGGAACACAUUAAAAUGGCAAAGAAGAGAAUCGUUUUGGCUUCCUUGUACCUUGGAACAGGUCCUUUGGAACAGGAGCUGGUUGAUUGUAUUGAGGAAUCUCUGCAAAGGUCACAGGAGGAAGCUCUGGUACCUGGUCUUAGAGUUGCCGUUCUGCUAGACUGCACAAGAGGGUCUAGAGGCAAGAAGAACUCUCGAACUAUGCUGAUUCCUUUGUUGAAGAAGUUUCCAAAUCAAGUGUGUAUCUCUUUGUAUCACACCCCAGACCUCAGGGGAAUUCUUAAACUCCUUGUACCAGAGCGUUUCAAUGAGACGAUUGGCCUACAGCACAUCAAAGUCUACCUCUUUGACAAUAAUGUUAUUAUUAGUGGAGCAAAUCUCAGUGAUUCCUACUUUACGAAUCGCCAGGAUCGUUAUGUUUUACUACGUGACUGCCGUGAGAUUGCAGAUUUCUUUGAUGAGUUGGUUGGUGCAGUCAGUGAUAUCUCACUUCAGUUGGAGCAGAAUGACACAGCUGACGUGAAACCAGGAAUGAUCCAUCCAUUCACAGGCAGUCGAAGAGAUUUUUGUGCGGCAGCACACGAGAGGAUCAUGGCUGUGGUGGAUGAGGCAAGACACAAGCAACAACACGCAGCCCACCUAACAGGCUUGGCUGAAGGUCCUUCUGAAGAUGACUUGGUCCUGACUUAUGACGCAGAUGGAACUCCACGACAGACGGAUACUUGGAUUUACCCCAUUAUACAAAUGAAACCCUUCGGAAUUAGAAUAGACGAGCAAGUGACUGAAGCCUUGAUGACUGAAGCUGAAGAGGAUUCUACAAUAUACUUGACUUCAGGGUAUUUUAACCUUACUCAAAACUACAUGGAUCUAAUCUUGGGGACCUGUGCAGAUUACCGGAUAUUGUUAGCCUCACCAGAAGUGAACGGAUUCUUCGGCGCAAAGGGUGUUGCAGGAGCCAUUCCUUCGGCUUAUGUUUACAUUGCCAGACAAUUUUACAACAGGGUGUGUCAGAGUGGACUGCAAGAUAGAAUAAUGUUACAUGAGUACUUCCGAAAAGGGUGGACUUUCCAUGCAAAAGGUCUUUGGUAUUACUUGUCGGGAAGCAAGUGGCCUUGUCUAACUUUGAUUGGCUCUCCCAACUUUGGGUACAGAUCGGUGCACAGAGACCUGGAGGCUCAGUUAGCAAUUGUGACAGAAAAUUGCAAGUUACAACAGCUGUUACAUCAGGAACAGAAGAAUUUGUACCAUUUAUCAAGUGAAGUUUUGGCUUCUACAUUUGACCAACCAAAUAGACAUGUGAAACUCUGGGUGAAACUAGUAACACCAUUAAUAAAGCACUUUUUUUAGAAACUAGUGAAGGAUAUGUCUAUUGUAAGUUCAUUAUACUUCAACUUCCAAUUCUGCAUCUUGAUCAAUAGAACUGUUUGAAUAACGGUAGUUGAAAAUUUAAAACUGCAACUAAACUCCCAACUUUUCCUUAAUGCAGCCUUAAGAUUCCAUGAUUGAUUUUACACUGAUGUAAUUUUAUGCAAGAGAUAUGCUUUCAAGGGGACAGAAUAGAAACCUGACCUUGGUCAUGUGCUCUAAUUUCUACUCCAGAAUUUCUUUCCCUUAAAGAUUAUAAAUGUACCUUAAUUUUAUGUCUUAUUGAAUGUAGCUAACUAAUGGUGUUUUUAUAACAGUUGUAUUUUGGGAGAGAGGCUGAUGCAAGACCUACCUGCCAUGCCUGUAGGAACAUUGCCCAGGAUUUUAUUAAUUGGACAAAAUCCUUUUGAUGGCUGGGUGGUCACAAAAAGUUGGAAUUUGUUUCUUGGUGCAUUUGAAUUUGACUGAACACCAGCAAUAGGAAUUCUUGGCUUGGAAGUUCUUCCUUAUUGUGCUUCAUUAGCCUGAUAAAGAGUGAAUAGAAUUUUUGUUCUGACCUAGAUUUCUUGCGGAUGUAUAACUCAGACCAGUGCUCUCAAAAAUGGCCGUUUUUGUAAAUCACUCAACUGUCAGAAGUAGGCACAAGAUGAAUAACUUGAUUUUCAAAAACUUGCUUUCCUACCAAAGUGGUGCAUUUUGAAUUGUUAUUCAAAAAGUUAGGUGAAAUAAUGAUAAUGAUCUGUGGGUGACUCUAGUAAGCUAGCAUUCAUUCUCCAAAUCUAGUUGCUCUGAAGAGUAGUUGUAAUGCUUUGCUGAUUUACAGUAGUUUAUGUUAAAUCCUUUCAACCAUUGAGUUAAUUCCUGAUUUAGGGCAUCUUUUCCAUUUACUUGUUAAAUUUCUUAAAGUUUGUACCUUGUCAUGCACAAGGUCAAAUUCUCUGAAACUGCACAGUAUCUAUUUGUUAUGAGUUUUAAUGUCCAUACAUCUUUAUUUAUUCCCAACAUUGCUAUUUUUGGGGAAAAAAAAUUAGAAGAGUUAGGAACUUUCUUUUGUUUUUAAUAUAAGGUAGAGCCUUGCAAGCAUUGAGGUGCUGAAAUUCAGAAGUGGUAAAAAAUUUCUUAUAGGUAUGUGACCCUGCCUGCUAUGGUUUCUAGUCCUCUGUACAAUAUGAAGACUAUUCUUGGUGUGUGUGUGUGUAUAUAUGUGUACAUAUAUACAUAUGUCUUUAGAAGAAUUUCAUGCUUACCUUUUGAAUUCUGAUGAAAUCAUGAAAAGCAAAAAUAAAAUGUUACAACAAAAUAUUAAAGGCCAUCUAAACCGCCAGACCUCAAGGAGCAUUUGUGUAUUAUUUCUACAUAGAUAAAAUCAAAUUACCAUGCCAGUUA